AUGAGACCUUUGGCAUAUAUUCGUCUUUGGCUUCUUGGCUUCUUCAUGGCAGCUUCUCAAGCUGGAUUCUGCCCACGGGAAUGGUUACGAUAUCAGAGGAACUGUUAUGGGCUCUUCCAUGAGAAGCUGAGCUGGCAUGAGGCCGAGAUCAGAUGCCAAAGCUAUGGCCGGGGGACUCACCUUGCUUCUAUCCUUACUUGGCCAGAAACAUUGAUUGUAGCCAAACAUAUCUCUGCUUAUAUAAACGAAAAAGGGGUUGAUGUCUGGAUUGGGCUCCAUGAUGUUCGCCAUAAUAGGAUCUGGAGGUGGACUGAUGAGUCGGCUUUCAACUACAAGAACUGGAUGCGUGGAGAACCCAACAAUCUUUGGAAUUCUGAGUACUGUGUUGCUCUCCGAGCUGCCGCAGUUUACAAGGGAUGGAUUGAUGCUGUUUGCAUGAAGAAAAAAGCCUUCAUCUGCAAACAUCAACUUUAAAAAAAUGAAGGCAUCUCACCUAAAGAAUCAUCAUCUUGAAUCAGGUGGAGAUACACGCUGUUCCAUCCAGAUGCCCUUCUUUAAAACAUUGUAUGCAUUCAUUGCUUGAACAGUUUCUGUGAUCACCGGCUUCCUUUGUAUUUAGCAUCACACAGGACUAAAUCUUUGGCACAGUUAUCGCUUGAAAGCCAUUGUGUCAAUAAACAUCAUUACAAUCUGCAUUUCUUCC